ACAACCACCCCCACCUUCUCCUCGCCGUCUCCGUCCCACCAUCCCCACCUCCUCCAUCCCACCGUUUCCAUCUCCGCGUCCGCCAUCUCCGCCACCUUCUCCCCGCCACCAUCUCCACCUCCACCACCUCCUCACCUCCACCCCAUCGCUCCUUGCCCACCUCCAUCCCACCUUCUCAACCUCCAGCCCACCACGUCCACCCCACGACCCUCUCCACCUCCUCCGCUGUCUCCAUCCCACCAUUUCCUCACCUUCUCCAUGUCCACCCCUCAACCGCCACCUCCAC